AUGGUGCUGAAGCUUAGAGCGCUGCCGCCGGUGCGAGGGAGAACAUCGUCUGCGUCAACGUCCGGUCCGGGAGGGAGAGCAGCCGGUCCGGGAGGGAAGGAGGGAGGGAGGGGGCUGCAUGGACACAGGGCGGCUAUAGGCUGGGCCCAGGGUAAGCUAUAUAUAGAUAGAUAGAUAGAUAAUAAUAUAACAAUAAUAAUAUAAUAUAGAUAAUAUAAUAUUACAAUAAUAUAAUAAUUAUAAAACUAUAGAUAAUAAUAUAAUAAUGAUAACAAUAUACUACUACUAAUUUUAUAAUAAUAAUAUAGAUAAUAAUAUAGGGAGAGAGGGCCGAGGGGGUCUGUAUAGCACAGGGAGUUAUUAUUAUUAUUAUUAUUAAUUAUAGGACAUUCUCUGAGUAUUGGGGUAAGCUAUAAGAGAGAGGGCCGAGGGGGUCUGUAUAGCACAGGGAGUUAUUAUUAAUAAAUAAUAGGACAUAAGAAUGAACCAGUGACGAGAGGAUUCAUAUAUUAUCUAUGAACUUAAUAAACUGUGUCUAAUAGCUUGUCUUUAUAUAUACAAGGUUUGUGUACAUGUAGGACACAGGGUUUAUAUAGGGAGUAUAAAGAAUAUCCAUAGUAGAUAAUAAGGUCUGGUGCAGUAGUUAUGGUAGGUGUACAGGUCAUAUAAAGAGGGAGGGGGCUGCAGGAAUAGCACAAUCCUAUUAUGUGAAGCAAUGGUUUGGGGUGAUCAUACAAAAAGGGUUUUUUAAUAGUGUUUAUAUAGGCACAUACAUAAUUUGUAUACCAGUUUCCAUACCCCCCUUUUUUAGAGUGAGAUAGAAAGAGGGUGUUUUGUUUGUAGAAGUCAGGUUUAGCGGUAAAAUAAAAUUUCUCACCCAGGUUGUGCAUGGUCCAGGUGUGCAAGCAGUGUGUAGUACAGGUUUGUUUACAACAUUUGUCAUGUUGUCGAUGAAAAUAUUUGAGAUUUAGUGGACUAAAGCUAGAUUAAAACUGAAACAAUUCAGCAGACUAAAAUACGACUAAAAAACUAAAAUGGGUUUUUCGUCAAAAGACUAUGACUAAAACUAAAUUGAAAUUUGCUGCCAAUAAUAACUGAUUUACAGGUGCAGUGAUGGGCUCGGAAGGCGUGCCAGCUUUCUUCACUUGGGAAGAAGUACAGCGACACAACACUCGCGAAGAGCGAUGGCUGGUCAUUCAUCGCAAGGUGUACGAUAUCACCAGGUUCUGCAAGAUACACCCAGGAGGGACGCGGGUCAUAAGCCACUAUUCAGGACAAGAUGCCACCGUGAGAAAAAUCACAAUAUUAGCACUGGGAGUGGGCAUCAUACACCCAUGGGGAUAAAGGGAGGUCACGCAUUCCAGAGUCUGUCAAAAUCUCAAAUGGUGGGGUGCAGAGAUUAAACAAUUCACUUAUGGAUUAAGAAUAGUCAGACAAUACACAGGGUAUUUACAGUAUGACAUGUGUAUUACGUCAAGUAUUAAAUAUGGGGAGUGAUAAUCUAUAACCAUUAGAGACACUAGAGCACAUUCAUUUUUUUUUAAAUUUCACAAUUUUGGGUUCCAGCCCUGAAAUUCCUGUACAUUAAUGGCACAUUAAGGGCAGAGAGAAUCUAACUUACAAGGUACUAUGCACAUCUUUGUGGCUUAUCUGGGCAUUAUUCCACAUUGAUAAAUAUAGGCACAGCCCAUGUCACCGCCACUGAUAACAUUAUGUCAUGGAGGGAUACCUGUUUGUUGAAGAGAUAUAUAAAUAUAUCUCUUACCUAUGUGUGACUAUAUAUUAACAAACAGGACUAAUUCAAAUUUCGCUAUAGGCCUUACGGAGUUUGCAUUUUGUUUUUCUUCUCUAUUUUUCUUGCCGUUAUUGUUGCUAAAUUAGUAGUAUCUCUGUUUUAUUCACUGAGAGUAAAGUAUUAGUUAUUUAUAAAUAUACUUUGCAUUAACAAAAACAGGAACGUAACAUUGAUAACGGGCUGACUUAACUCAGCUGAUUAAUUCUUAUCUCCCCAAACUAUCUCUGUUUCUAACACUGCUAGUUUGCAGUGAAUGAUUUAAGUAAAUAUCCAUAGAUCACAAUUACAACAUUAAUGGCUUUAUAAAGCAGCACGUUACCAGCAUAAAAUGAUCACUUCAUUUAUAGUAAAAUGUUAGCUAUACCUUACAUGCUGAAGGGUUACUUUAUUAGUAUUUAUUAUUAUUAUAUAUAUUAGUAUGCUUAAUGAAUAUGUGGCUGUAUUUAUUUAAAACUCAUUACACGCUUUGUGUAGAUUAUAGAUCUGUGUAUGUGCGGAUGCUCAGUUUAACAGAUUACACAUGUGUAGUCCACAGAGUCAGGUGUUAGAUCUUUGUAGCACUGCCUGCAUUCUGCUCAUUCACAGGAUUGGUGCAGGCCUGUGGUACGACCAUAUGCUCAGCCCACUUCCCCCCAUCACCAUCCUCUCCCUCCCUGUCCUGGGGGGGGAGUAGCUGGGCUAGUUUAUGUCAUACUACAGACAUCAUUCACAAAUUAACCUCUGAUGUUCUGCUCUGUGGAGCCCAAAAGAGAUACAUGUUUUGGAAAAGAAAGAAAUUCUGCAAAAGAACAAAUAGCAUCAAAAAAGAUAAGAAAUAGAGCAGCACUUUUAGUAUAGUUAUCUACCACUGACAAAAGAAUUCUCCCAGGUCUAUUUACAGCAAGGCCAAUGAGUGCUCCAAACUUGGCAGCUUUUAAAGAGGAAACAAUGAUCCACCUAGUAGAAAUGUGUCACAAUUUAUGCAUUUAUACAGCGUGCGCACAGUGACAGAAUAACACAUUUUUACAUUGAAAAUUAUUAUUUGUGGUUAAUUUCCGUGCUGGAGGUAUGAGUUUCAUUUGUGUUUUCCAGCCUGACAAUUUGCCUAGGGUCACCAUGACUACAGUCCUAAACUGAAUAUAUAUAGGGAUUUGAAAAAUGCAAAACACAUGCAGUUGUUUUUAAGUAAUAGCCCAUUACAUAUCAUAGGGGUUUCAGCUAAAUUGUUCAUUUUGCUCUCACUUAUAACGAUAGAGGAAUUAACUAUUUUGCUUCAAUGGGGAAUUUAAAAAAUGUUGAGCUGUAAAUAUGUCCCAUACAUAGCAGUGUGGGACACUUAAAUGUUUACAUCAUGCAUAUUUUUCUGUGUGUUUUCAGGAUCCAUUCACUGCCUUCCACAUCGACAAGGACUUGGUGCACAAGCGUUUAAAGUGUCUGCUGAUUGGGGAACUUUCUCCUGGGGAACCAAGCAUAGAACCCAGCAAAAAUGUGAGCAUUCGGCUGAGGGCCAUUUAUUUUGUUUCCCAAGUCUGACAGCCUUCCUAUACCAAUCUUUUUGAUAGUGUAUUCUCAUGUUUACUUGCUGUCUUUCUUACAGGCUGCCAUGGUGGAGGAUUUUCGUAGUCUGCGGUCUACAGUGGAGCGGAUGGGUCUCUUGAAACCCAAUAAGUUAUUCUUCUUUGGCGUCUUGAUUCAUAUUAUAUUGCUUGAUGUAGUGGCCUGGGCUACACUCUACUACGGUGGUACCUCACUCAUCCCAAUACUGAUUUGUGGUUUAAUUCUGGGCACAGUGCAGGUACAGAGUUCUCACCAGGUGGUCAUGAGUAUAACUGACUCUUGUAUCAAAUAUCAUCAGAAUCCGUGAGCUGUCUCUUUCCACCACAUUUCCCUUUUUUCCAUAAAAUGUAGACUGUCUCUUUGGUUCAGGUGGUCCAUUCUCCAGCCUUAUCUUUAUUUAAUCUUAUUGUGAUAUGUCAUAUUCAUCUUAGUUGAUUUCAUUUUUGCCAGCUGUCUUAGUGUGUUACUCAGCUGUCUGACGUGUGUCACCAUUCUCUCUUAUGAUUAAAUGGAAUCAGUCUUAAAAUUACAUAACAGGAGUCUCUCAACUUAACCUUUACCACACUUAUGUUUCUGUUGUUAAACCAAAAUAAGUCGAAAUACCCAGUUUAAGCCAUUUCCCAAUGUGCCACAAAAAGGGCGAAUAUCCUUCUUUACUCCAAGGUGCAGUAAGAUGUAUUAUUGUGUCAUCAAAUUAUUAAUACACUGCACAUUAACUAUUAAAUCCUAAAAUAGAUAUUUAAAAAUCCACACAUUACAAAUAUCUACUAACCUGAUAAAAUAGCUUCUGUAAGGCAGAGAAGCCCAUUUCCUUUUGUUUUUAGCCUGAAGAACCAGUUUCUUCUCUUUUCUUCAAAUGUCAGUUGAUCAUCUCUUGUUUUAUGUAUAGUUAUGUCAAUGAACAGGUGAAGAGAGCUGUUUUUCUUUUUGGUCCAUCCACAUAUUUGUGUAAUGUUUUCAUAUAACACAUGAUUUUUUAAAGUUCAACUUUCUGUCCCUUCAUUAUUAAGAUCUUCCAUCCAUUUCAUUAACUUUGCACUCAAACGCUAAACUUUUACUAGUUCCAUAAUAUGUUUCCUUAAAUCAGUCCCCUGAAAUUGUACAACAUUAAAGUGUGGAUUUUGCCAUUGAUUUAUACAGAGCAAAAAUAUAUUUUUAGCAAUCUAUUAGAAUCCCUUACCUACCCAAACUCUGCUGACUGAGAUUGCAAAAUGUUUCGCAGUAUAGUAACGUUUUCCUUAAAGAGGCUAUGUCACUUAAGGUAAUAUCCCCCAUUGUGGUUAGCAGUAGUUACCUGGAGCUGUUCACUGCGGGUGCAGACAUUUUCUUCAGCUCCUGGUGCAUGAUUCACCAUGAGUUGCAUCAGUACUGUGCUAUUGUGCUUGCGCAAGAGUACAACACUGAUGUCAAUGGAGGAUCCAGCAAGACUGCAGGAUUCUACAUAGACCAAGGUUUGCGAGUGGUGAGAUUCAGCCAGAUUUCCACAGCCAAUGCUACUGAUUGCAGGGGGUAUUGGCAGAACUUAUGACAACCCUAGGCUUUAUCAUAAGAAAAUAAAGUCCCUCACUGACCUGUGGCCAGACGACAGAUAACGGAGCAGUGAGACUGCAGGAGAAAUGAUCAAUACACUAUAAUUGCUUCAUUAAAUUAAAGUUGUUUUGGUGAUUAGCGUGUACCAAAUUUUAUCUGCCACUUGCCUGCAUAGUCCCCCAAUUUAUCCACAUCCAUCUUCAGAAAAGUCACAGUCUGGUGAGUCUGAAAAUAACUUUUUUUAGUGGUGUGUUGUCUGCAAUCGCUGAGAAAUAAAAGAUUAAUGAACAGAUUCCAUAAUUGCCCUCCUUUUAAAUGAGUGUCGAAAAUUGCACAACAUAUUCAUAGUUGAGUGUUUCCAUUGAUUUGUAAAGAGGCAACAUGAUGUAAAUUAAUACCCCUUUUUGUGCAUGUCAGUAACACUGGCUUUACAGCUACUCACUAACAGUGUGCAUUUUUGCGUUGUUAACUGCGUAUAUUUCUUCUCAAAUCUUUCUGAGCAGGCUGUGUGCUUCUUAUACCAAAAUUCUCGCUUAUUGUCUUAGCAUCAGAGACGGUCUGGUUCUUGCUCAGAGUUAGGUUGCCUCUGCCUGUUAUAAUUCUUCUCUUAUAAUCAAACUUUCUGAAAUCCUACUGCCAUAUGUUUUGUUCUCUUUCUAGGUUGUUUCCUUGCUAUUUCCUUACUAGACUUUAUCCCUUUAAGGAUGUUUCUGUAUCCCAUUGUUUUCUCACAGUUUGGCUGUCUUGCUCCUUUUCAGGCUCAAGCUGGUUGGCUGCAACAUGAUUUUGGGCAUUUGUCAGUUUUCAGCCAAUCUAAAUGGAAUCACGUGGUACAUAAAUUUGUGAUUGGACACCUGAAGGUAAGAAAUUACCCUUUGUACACUUUUUACCAGUUUUAAAAUAUAGACAAGAACAAAAAUAUACACAAGAACACCCACCACACUAUUUGUUUUCUCUUAGCUUCCAAUUGGCACUCCAGCUCUUAAUAUUCUCUCCUGUGCCUCAUACGGACCCUUCCAUUCUUUGUAAUCUCUCCUGUGCUUCAUACGGACCCUUCCAUUCUUUGUAAUCUCUCCUGUGCCUCAUACGGACCCUUCCAUUCUUUGUAAUCUCUCCUGUGCCUCAUACGGACCCUUCCAUUCUUUGUAUUCUCUCCUGUGCUUCAUACGGACCCUUCCAUUCUUUGUAAUCUCUCCUGUGCUUCAUACGGACCCUUCCAUUCUUUGUAUUCUCUCCUGUGCUUCAUACGGACCCUUCCAUUCUUUGUAAUCUCUCCUGUGCAUCAUACGGACCCUUCCAUUCUUUGUAAUCUCUCCUGUGCCUCAUACGGACCCUUCCAUUCUUUGUAUUCUCUCCUGUGCUUCAUACGGACCCUUCCAUUCUUUGUAAUCUCUCCUGUGCCUCAUACGGACCCUUCCAUUCUUUGUAAUCUCUCCUGUGCCUCAUAUGGACCCUUCCAUUCUUUGUAAUCUCUCCUGUGCCUCAUACGGACCCUUCCAUUCUUUGUAUUCUCUCCUGUGCCUCAUACGGACCCUUCCAUUCUUUGUAUUCUCUCCUGUGCCUCAUACGGACCCUUCCAUUCUUUGUAUUCUCUCCUGUGCUUCAUACGGACCCUUCCAUUCUUUGUAAUCUCUCCUGUGCCUCAUACGGACCCUUCCAUUCUUUGUAAUCUCUCCUGUGCUUCAUACGGACACUUCCAUUCUUUGUAAUCUCUCCUGUGCCUCAUACGGACCCUUCCAUUCUUUGUAAUCUCUCCUGUGCCUCAUACGGACCUUUCCAUUCUUUGUAAUCUCUCCUGUGCCUCAUACGGACCCUUCCAUUCUUUGUAAUCUCUCCUGUGCUUCAUACGGACCCUUCCAUUCUUUGUAAUCUCUCCUGUGCUUCAUACGGACCCUUCCAUUCUUUGUAUUCUCUCCUGUGCCUCAUACGGACCCUUCCAUUCUUUGUAAUCUCUCCUGUGCCUCAUACGGUCCCUUCCAUUCUUUGUAUUCUCUCCUGUGCUUCAUACGGACCCUUCCAUUCUUUGUAUUCUCUCCUGUGCUUCAUACGGACCCUUCCAUUCUUUGUAAUCUCUCCACACCAGCCUCCUCUGAGGACCCUUCAACUCUUUGUAAUCUCUCCUGUGCUUCAUCUGAGGACCCUUCCAUUCUUUGCCAAUCUUCCUCCUGUGCUUCAUCUGGACCCUUCCAUUCUUUGUAAUCUCUCCGCAAAGCCGUCAUACGGACCCUUCCAUUCUUUGUAAUCUCUCCUGUGCCUCAUCACGGACCCUUCCAUUCUUUGUAUUCUCUCCUGGUAAGCUUCAUCUGGACCCUUCCAUUCUUCCAGCCCCAUUCUCUCCACUAUUGCUUCAUACGGACCUUCAUUCUUUUGUAAUCUCUCACACCAAUGCUUCAUCACGGACCCUUCCAUUCUUUGUAUUCUCUCCUGUGCUUCAGCGGACCCUUCCAUUCUUUGUAAUCUCUCCCUGUGUGCAUCAUCUUGAGGACCCUUCCAUUCUUUGUAAUCUCCUGCCUCAUCACCGGACGGCCCUUCCAUUCUUUGUAUUCUCUCCUGUGCUUCAUACGGACCCUUCCAUUCUUUGUAUUCUCUCCUGUGCUUCAUACGGACCCUUCCAUUCUUUGUAAUCUCUCCUGUGCUUCAUACGGACCCUUCCAUUCUUUGUAUUCUCUCCUGUGCUUCAUACGGACCCUUCCAUUCUUUGUAAUCUCUCCUGUGCCUCAUACGGACCCUUCCAUUCUUUGUAAUCUCUCCUGUGCCUCAUACGGACCCUUCCAUUCUUUGUAUUCUCUCCUGUGCUUCAUACGGACCCUUCCAUUCUUUGUAAUCUCUCCUGUGCCUCAUACGGACCCUUCCAUUCUUUGUAAUCUCUCCUGUGCCUCAUAUGGACCCUUCCAUUCUUUGUAAUCUCUCCUGUGCCUCAUACGGACCCUUCCAUUCUUUGUAAUCUCUCCUGUGCCUCAUACGGACCCUUCCACUCUUUAUAAUUGUCUCUUGCACUUGCUAAUGGUCUUACCGCCAGUGCUUCCCAUGGACCCCCCUAUUCUUUGUAUUAUUUCCUUUGCUUCCUAUUUGGGUAACUGUAUUUGUAUUAAUUUCCAGUUUUUUGAGGGUGUAUCAGUUGUAGGCAACUUUUGCACUCCAAAUGUUGUGGACUAAAUCUCCCCUGAUGCUUUGCCAGCAUUUUGGCUGUAAGAGCAUUAUGGGAGAUGUAGCCUACCCCUGGAUUAUAGCGAAGCCAGGCGAUGGCUUUUCGUUUCAGUGCCGCUGUGUGCAACAAGGAGACAAAGCUGUGUAUAGUUGGGCUCCUGCUUUAAAUGCAGCACAGCUCCGGAAGGCUUGCUCUUGCACUGUAGUCAUGUGUGAUGUUACAUGCACAUUGAAAGCCAAGUGGGAGCUUUGCUUAGAUCUCGCGGGAAGGGGAGACUAUAGUGUGACCAGGAAAUCCUUGUGGGAAAGAUUGGGGGGAACUAGGAGCAUGGAGGGGGUAACUAGGGGUAAGAUAUCUAAGUGAAAUGGCAAUCGAAGUAAUGAAUACAAGUGGGACCAUAUUGUGAUAAAAGGGAAGAAGCAAAAUUGGAUGAAAAACAAUAGUAAUAAGGUAAUUGUAUUUAGUAGAGAAAGAUUAUAGAAGAAUGGGCACGCAUAUAUGUAUUCUUAUGUAAAUAUAGGUAUUAUAUUGAGAGGGAUCCUACACACAAAUUAGACAAUUCUUUCUUCACACAUACACAGAUAUACCACAAAAUGACAUACAUAUAGACACGAUACAAGAACACCACUGAAUUCACCUGUAACGAAACACUCCAUGCAUGAACCUUCAUUCACAUACACUGACAUUCACACACACUGACAUUCAUUAAACAACAAAUGGCAAAAUUAAAGCUGAAAUAGCUAAUCUGGAAAAAAAUUCCAGCUGAUCUAUUGUCAAAUCUUCUUUAUUGUAUCUUUAAUCUUGACAUUCAGAGUUCAAUUCAUUACAAUUUGGAGUUAAUUGUAACAAUCCACACAAUUAUACCAUUCAUUUCAAACACAGUGACACCACACACAACACCUCUAAUACAUUCAAAGCACAUCAUCCUGGAAUCGUUGCUCAGUUGACAGUUAUGCAAUCCAACACUCUUUGUGCAUUGUGGAUGUGAUGUGUAGCACUCUCCACAUGCGCAUCCACUCAAAUGCUUCUCAUAGCAAAGCAUUACAUUUUUUUUUUUUUUUUCAUUCAAGGUUUAUUAGCUUCAUUGGUGUUUACAUCAGAAAGGCAUAUAUGUGCGUAAAAAAUAAUGUAGCAAGAUAACAUCGUAGUAUAACAUCGUACUUAACAGGUAUAGUGGUGAAAGAAAGGUAAAUAAUAGGUAGCUCUAAGGUAACAUGGUAGGUUGGCUGGUCGAUGGUAGCACAAAGCAACACAUUCUCCUAUUUAAACAUGUCAAUAUGAUUCCGAACCUUGCAAUGUCUGUCAAACAUCAACAGCCUAAAUCGGCCUCAGCAAGCACAGCCUCUAGGUUUAGUGAUACAAUAUUUAAAUGAAAACAAUAUUAAAAUUAAAGUUAACAAUUAAAUGAAAAGAUAAAUGUCCAGACUCUCCGUGGAGUCAGGAAUAGGGUGGAGGGAUUACGUGGAGGCCCUCGUGUGAGCUGCGGAGUAUAUUUGUCUCCGUGCUUCCUUGGGUCUGAUUCGGUGCACGUAUCUCCGGGCAUUUUAUCACGCCAAAGUAAAAGUGGGGUGGGUUGAACAAGGCUAGUGUCUGAUUGUUAUGUAUAGUCGACUUACGCCUCAGUGUGCACCUCAAUUGCUGGUAACUAGGUAACAGAGCAAAAAUCUAUACGUACUAGUAAGAAAGUAAUCUACAUUGGAUAUAAACUUUACUGUACUGCGUAAUCAAGCUAUGUCUAUCUUAGCCUGUGAUUAUGCUGUCGGCACAGUGAAACGUAUAUGUAUUAGAGAAAAAAAAAACACCCCUGCAGGUGUAGCGCUUAUACUGGUUCAAAGCAUAAUUAAGCAUAGUUGGCUAAACAGUAGUAAUAUAAGACUGUGCAAAGCAUGGUGUAGGUCACGUCCGGUUCUAGAACAAAAUUGUUCCCGUCUUCUAAGAAGGAAAGACGUAAAAAGGGGAAAAAGGGCCUGCGUGAAGUCCCCAUUUAAACACCCGUGGGAUUAUGUCCCAGCAGUCAAAAGGGGCCUUGUGCCGUGCACGCGCGGCCGGGCGUAGUAAGACACCCUGAUAUAAAAUGAUAAAAGGAGGAAAGUAAGGGAAUUUAACAUGGCAAGUACAUUUGGUUUUAUGCCGGGGUAUAAACACUUAAGUACUCGGCAUACAAUGCAGUAACAAUCUUAUGUAGAUGUUGCCUAGUGUUGAGCGUUCUAAACUAACAUAAUAAUAAAGAGUGUUCACAGCGUAUUUAACGUAUGGUAAGUCCACAUCCAGAGUCAAUCUUCGAUCAAAAAGUUAUAUGAAACUGUGAGACCUAAGGGUUGCUUGACAUGUCCGUGGGCUCACCGUGGUGUACAAUAACCCAGGGCACCAGGCCUCCAAACAUCAUCCCCAGGCCCCCACAGCUUCCCCCUUGGGCACCCCAGCACAGUGGGCACUCAGAGGCAACGUGAGUCCAUGCAUUCCCCCCCCCCAAGAGUCUGCAGACCCAGCGCCUCCUGCACCUCCCCUGAACCGUUGGCGCAUUGCGGGGUAAUCAGAUGUCCGUGAACGUCUCGCCCACUGCCGGCCUCAGACACGGGGGAGGGCACGCCGCCCCUCGCCACCGGUCCGCCAGAGGCAAGCGGACCCCCACCCCGCAGGGCUCUCAGCCGUGGGGACAUUUCUCUCCGGGCGCCCGCCAGACCCAGCGAUUGGACAUCCGUGGCCUGUGGGUGGUCUGGGACAUCCGUCUGCGUCCGUCAACCCCAGGCCCGUACUGACGGUCAGUGGUGCCCCAAAGGACGGUGGUAUAUGUCCCCUCGGUCUCGUUUGCUGUCGGGGCCCCUUUUUGGAAGUCAUUGCCAGUCUAGGAGGGCAGCCUGGGCCCAGCACGGAAACUCUCGUCUCGGCGCGUGUCGCCUCCAUGUGGCCGGGAUCUCCCCCACCGGCCUGGGGGGGGGAGCGGGGCCGGACCCCGAGCCAGGAGCUCCUGCCACCAGGGUAAGUGUCUGCUGCUUGUCGUCCGUUUCCCAGCGUAGUCAGCAUGCGUUCCACCCGAUCAGCAGUCACCUGAGUCUGGUCUUGCUGCUGUGGGUAGGCCGUGAACUUGUUUUCGGUGCACUCAGACGGUUUUGGGUCACCAACUGGUAUCCUCUUGGAGCUGGGGUUGUCCUCCAUAUUAUUGCAACAGGUAUUCUGGUCUUGGGGCCCCCCGUGGCCAUUUCAAGUGCCAUUUGUUGUUUUAAGCCUGGAGCCAUAUCAAUCUGCUUCCAUGUGGCUCGGCGGUCCGGCCCCGCCCCCAAGCAUUACAUUUUAUACCUUCCUAUGAGCUGCAUUUGAUGACAUUCGACAUCCUUAUGGAACAUCAUAUGAUAGAGUUUCACUUGGUUGUUGCAGAGGAAGCACACUCAGUCGCCGUCAGGAAGACAGCCAUAAGAAGUGUGCUUUGCCCUUUAAAGUACACAUUGCUGUUUCUACAAAACGGCAAUCUUUUGCAUUGCAGGGUUAAAAUUGAAGUGAACACUUUAUUGAGAUGAAGUCAUCUCAUUGUGAAUGAAUUUAGUUCUACUUUAAAAUACAGUUCUGUGCAAUGUUUUUUAUUUUCUUUUACAUUUCCUCACCGAUUAAUAAAUGUUAUAGAGCCCCUCAGGAUCUGCCCCUGUAUUAUGGAUUGCACUUUUUCAUUCAAUUUUUCCAAAUUCUCACACAGGGUGCUCCUGCUAGCUGGUGGAAUCACUUGCACUUCCAGCAUCAUGCCAAACCCAACUGUUUUCGCAAGGAUCCCGAUAUUAACAUGCACCCACUGUUCUUUGCACUGGGCAAGAAGUUGUCUGUAGAGGUGAGUCCAGAAAGUGAUGGGAGGCAAGUGGUAUUUGAGUGGAUGGAAAAGGCUAAUUCAAAGGGGGUAAAGACAUUGAAAGGCAAUAUGUAUAAUAUAAAACGCUGGAUGACCGAUGUCUAAUUCCUAUACUGAUGGGAUGGGUUGGAAAAGUAUCCCUACUGUCACUGUGACAUGUGAAAAAACCCCUAAAUGGACAUUUUGUUCAUGUUGAGGUUCAGGUUAGUAAAUAGAACUGACAAAGCAUAGGCUUGGAUAACUGACAGUCUGUGCCAAGAUGUGUUUAAAGAUGUCUGUCAGACAGGGGGAGUGGGAAAGCUACCCAGAUAAUUUAUUCAAUAAUCUCUAUACAUGUGAAUUAAAAAGAAAAUGAAAACAAUUGGAUUUUAUUACAUAUCGAUUACAUUGAGAUACUAAAAAAGCUUUAAUGAUAGUUAUCUUUUAGGAAGUAGUAAAGUAAGUACAAUAGAAAGCAUGUCUCAGACAUUGAUCUGUGUUCCAUGAAAUCUGCUGGCAUUAAAAGAACACUCGAAUCCCAAUAACCACUGGAACAUAGUGGUUAUGGUGCAAGGACGUUCUAGGCUUUUUAUACCAAACUAUUUUUGAGUAGUUUGAUGGAACUAUGGCUACCAUGGCACACACACCUUCUUUUGCCUCCUGCCAUCAAGAUAAUGAUGAUUUAUUAUAUCAUUGUGUGUUCAGCCAAUGAUAUGUGCAGCACUCGCAGCCUACCAUUGGUCUCCAUAUUUGUAUCACUCGCAGCCUAUCAUUGGUCUCCAUAUUUCUAUUUCGUGUCGCCUAUCAUUGCUCUCCAUAUUUGUAUUUCGUGUAGCCUAUCAUUGCUCUCCAUAUUUGUAUUACUCGGGUGGCGGUAUGGAAACCGGGACCCCUGAGUGCCUGAUGAGAAGUGGGAGUCUUCAGCGUGGAAGUGGAUUAUCAGGGCCUGGUGCAGGGCAACCGCAUGCCCCCUGGUGUUGAGCACCAGUGUUUGUGCAGCCACAUACCAGAACCCCGAUUCAGCUUAUGCGGAUCUCAGGAACUAGGAGCUUGGAAUUAAGCAGACCUCCCAGGAGCUGAAUAGGGAGGCUUUGCAGCAGCGAUGUAUCCAGUACUGAAGCAAUGCAAGACUAGAGAUAGGCACCAUACACGAAAACAAGACAAAAUUAGGAGAACAAGGCAAGACUAGAGAUAGGCACCAUACACGAAAACAAGACAAAACCAGAGCAGGACAGAAAGCAGAACCCAGAACAUGUACACAAGACAUAAGGAAAACAAGAACAUAACAUGGACAUGACUGGACAGGACUGUACAUGGACUGGGAUUACAAGACUAAAUAAAACAAGACAAGAAAAGUAUGGGGAUUUAGUUACAUUAUAUGAUCAUACAUUGCACAAGCCUGCCAACAACGCCAAUGUACCCCAUAUCUGGCAGGUCCUACACUGCCUAAUGUAUGCUAAAACAACCACACUAUGCCGUUUCUUGCAGGUAAGUGCUAUUGUGGUAGAGACUUGAAACACUGCUGCAGGUCCAGGCUGAAACAAAAGGAAAGUGGAAAGCAAACGGGUGUGGCAACAUAAAACAAACAUUUAAAUGAAUCUAAGAGACUGGGAAAUCCAGGGACGGAAUAUAAGAAUGAACCCAGAAAGCCAGCAACAAAGAAAACCAGACAUAGACCAGAAAACCAGAAAAACCAAGCAAGGACAGCAAAAAGAGUACUGGAUACCAGAAGCCAUUGCCAGAAUGAUCCGCAGCGAGGAACAGGAUGUGACACUAUCAUUGCUCUCCAUAUUUGUAUCACUCAUAGCCUGUCAUUGCUCUCCAUAUUUGUAUCACUCAUAGCCUGUCAUUGCUCUCCAUAUUUGUAUCACUCGCAGCCUAUCAUUGCUCUCCAUAUUUGUAUCACUCGCAGCCUAUCAUUGCUCUCCAUAUUUGUAUCACUCGCAGCCUACCAUUGCUCUCCAUAUUUGUAUCACUCGCAGCCUAUCAUUGCUCUCCAUAUUUGUAUCACUCGUAGCCUACCAUUGCUCUCCAUAUUUGUAUCACUCGCAGCCUACCAUUGCUCUCCAUAUUUGUAUCACUCGCAGCCUACCAUUGCUCUCCAUAUUUGUAUCACUCGCAGCCUACCAUUGCUCUCCAUAUUUGUAUCACUCGUAGCCUAUCAUUGCUCUCCAUAUUUGUAUCACUCGUAGCCUAUCAUUGCUCUCCAUAUUUGUAUCACUCGUAGACUAUCAAUGCUCUCCAUAUUUGUAACACUCGUAGCCUAUCAUUGCUAAGGGGCAUCAGGGCUUAGCUUUAGUAAUACAGAUAUGUGUUGUUGUUUUUUUUUUGUAUAUAUAGAAGCAUCCCUCCCAAAAUUGCGAGAUAUUAGAUCGGAUGCGUGGGCGGGCCUGGCAGUGAUACAACUCCCAUCAAUGGUGACACUCAUAAUGGAUGGGACCACCAUCUGUAAAAGGGGCAAGCCCACCCACUGUAGGGGCCUGACUGGACAGCCUCCAGCUUGCAAGUCUUUGCAUAUAGCGCCACUGAAUUAAUACCCUGCAGGGUUCAAGUGGAUAUAGAAACAGGGAACUAUUUUCUAUUUUAUUUUGGCGGUGAGGACCCUGAAAUUGGGACUGUCCUGCCAAAACUGGGAUUGUUGGGGGGUCUGCAGUGAUGUGUUAUGUACCAAACACACUGUGACAUACAUAUAAUCUUAUUGCUAAUUUGUGACAGCUAUAUCUCUCUCCUUCAUUUCAGCUCGGAAUUAAAAAGAAGAAGUAUAUGCCAUAUAACCACCAGCACAAGUAUUUCUUCCUGAGUGAGUAUAUAGCCCUGGAAGGUGGCAGUAAUGUCUGUCACGGUGAAAGGUAUUGAAAUAUAACCAAUGUACCCUCCUUCUUUCUGCAGUUGGUCCCCCUGCACUGAUUCCUCUUUAUUUUCAAUGGUAUAUUUUCUACUUUGCUGUACAUCGCAAGCAGUGGGCGGUAAGUACUAAUGAUUAUAGGAAACGAGAAGUGCUAUUAUAUUGGUGUACUGGUCAUUACUCAUUAAUCUGCUGUUUUUCCCACAGGACCUGGCCUGGAUGAUUUCUUUCUAUGUGAGAUUUGGGCUGUGUUACAUUCCCUUACUCGGUGUGGGUGGAACGAUUAGUAUGUUCAUGUUGGUUAGGUAAGCACUGCAUACAUACGUACAGAUUCGAGGAUUAGAUUUGGUAACAGUUUGUUAUGACAGUCAGAUGUUGCUGUGCGUUGUACAGUACUGUCAUGUACAAAAAUAGGUAUUAUUAAAGUAACAAAUAUACGUCUUAUUGUUUAGCUGAUAAACCCCACCAAAAACAAAAAGUGUGAGUGGUAUUAUUAGAGGGUUAGUCCAACAAAAACCUGUUUUAAGAAAACAUUGAUUUUGGUUACAUUAAAGGACCAUACUCAUUUUCCUGGCACUAUAGUGCCCUGAGGGUGCUCCCACCCUCAGGGUCCCCCUCCCGCUGGGCUCUGGGGGGAGGAAGGGAUACAGCUUACCUCUUUCUCCAGCGCCGGGCGAGGAGCUCUCCUCCUCCAUAGCGACGUGAUCGGCUGAAUGCACAUGCGCGGCAGGACCUGCGCGCACAGUGAGAAGCACGGAAGCACCUCUAGCAGCCUGGAUUAACCCUAUUAUAAACAUAUCAGUUUCUCUGAAACUGCUAUGUUUACAGCAGAAAGGGUUAAUCCUAGCUGGACCUGGCACCCAGACCACUUCAUUAAGCUGACGUGGUCUGGGUGCCUAUAGUGGUCCUUUAACCAUUACUGUGUUGGUCCUCCCUGGUCAAAAUAAAAAAACUAAACUUAAAUUUACCUGUAUUCCAACGCAGAGCCAAGUUAUCCCCUCAGUCUGAUCCUCCACCACUGAUGUCACUCCCCAGAGGAGGGAUGUAGGGGAGGAUGGCUGUUUGUUCUAGAAAAAGAGGACUCUUGGAGGGGAUAUGAAAAGUAGAAUAGUAAUUCAAAUACUCAUUUAUGCACCCUAGACGUACAGUGAAAGAAAAUCCACCGCUCAGAAAUGGUGAAAAUGUCAUAGGACCUUUUGUAUGUAAGGUUUUGCCUACAGUACUAUAGAUAUUAGCAAAGGAGUGGCAGAUUCAGCAGUAACAUUCAUAGUACAUUACACAAUUAUGUUUUGAUUGCUAUGGUAAAAUCAUCAAUUUCUCCUGCAGCUGAAAGGAACCUUUCAGAAAAAGAAAUUUUGAAAUAUGCAAUUAGUCCCUUUCUGUGUAGCCAGAAUGCAUAGGGCACUAUAGGAAUUAGGGUGUCCACAAAUCUGUUGUGAUGUGUUUGUAAUCAGGGCCGUACUAGGACAAAGAUUUGGCCUGGGUAUUUAGAAGCCUUGCAGCCAAAAGGGAGUUGUCUGUUCAGAGAGGGACAUAUCAUGUCAUUACCACCUACAAGCAUACCGCAGUGAACAUGUUAGUUUGAUGUCCCUCCAGGGCAGCCGAUGCACAGAACCCCGCUAAAGUGCUCUCACGUGGGGAAAAUGCGCAGCACUGUGUUUGUGGGUGAUGUCUCUAUGGUUCCCCAUAAGUGGAAUACCAGAGGACACAAGUGGGACAGGGCUGGUAAAGGGAGUUAUGCAUGUGUGGAGAAGCUGCCUGUAGGAUCCUUUGUGUUUGGUGUCUGCUUAUGGGAUUGGAUUUUUGCAAAGGUACUCUUUGUGGUGUAGUGUGUGUAAAGGGAUUUCUUUAUGCUGUACUACGUGUGACUUGUUGCAGAAGAGUGUGUGUGUUAAGGGGUGUAGUGUGUGUGUGUGUGUGUGUGUGUGUGUGUAGGAAGUAUAGUGUGAGUGUAUAGGGACUGUAGAGUGUGUAGAGUUUGUGUGUAUAGGAGCUGCAAUGUGUAUUUAGGAUCUGUAGUGUGUGUGUGUGUGUAGGGACUACAGGGAGUGCAGAAUUAUUAGGCAAGUUGUAUUUUUGAGGAUUAAUUUUAUUAUUGAACAACAACCAUGUUCUCAAUGAACCCAAAAAACUCAUUAAUAUCAAAGCUGAAUAUUUUUGGAAGUAGUUUUUAGUUUGUUUUUAGUUAUAGCUAUGUUAGGGGGAUAUCUGUGUGUGCAGGUGACUAUUACUGUGCAUAAUUAUUAGGCAACUUAACAAAAAACAAAUAUAUACCCAUUUCAAUUAUUUAUUAUUACCAGUGAAACCAAUAUAACAUCUCAACAUUCACAAAUAUACAUUUCUGACAUUCAAAAACAAAACAAAAACAAAUCAGUGACCAAUAUAGCCACCUUUCUUUGCAAGGACACUCAAAAGCCUGCCAUCCAUGGAUUCUGUCAGUGUUUUGAUCUGUUCACCAUCAACAUUGCGUGCAGCAGCAACCACAGCCUCCCAGACACUGUUCAGAGAGGUGUACUGUUUUCCCUCCUUGUAAAUCUCACAUUUGAUGAUGGACCACAGGUUCUCAAUGGGGUUCAGAUCAGGUGAACAAGGAGGCCAUGUCAUUAGAUUUUCUUCUUUUAUACCCUUUCUUGCCAGCCACGCUGUGGAGUACUUGGACGCGUGUGAUGGAGCAUUGUCCUGCAUGAAAAUCAUGUUUUUCUUGAAGGAUGCAGACUUCUUCCUGUACCACUGCUUGAAGAAGGUGUCUUCCAGGAACUGGCAGUAGGACUGGGAGUUGAGCUUGACUCCAUCCUCAACCCGAAAAGGCCCCACAAGCUCAUCUUUGAUGAUACCAGCCCAAACCAGUACUCCACCUCCACCUUGCUGGCGUCUGAGUCGGACUGGAGCUCUCUGCCCUUUACCAAUCCAGCCACGGGCCCAUCCAUCUGGCCCAUCAAGACUCACUCUCAUUUCAUCAGUCCAUAAAACCUUAGAAAAAUCAGUCUUGAGAUAUUUCUUGGCCCAGUCUUGACGUUUCAGCUUGUGUGUCUUGUUCAGUGGUGGUCGUCUUUCAGCCUUUCUUACCUUGGCCAUGUCUCUGAGUAUUGCACACCUUGUGCUUUUGGGCACUCCAGUGAUGUUGCAGCUCUGAAAUAUGGCCAAACUGGUGGCAAGUGGCAUCGUGGCAGCUGCACGCUUGACUUUUCUCAGUUCAUGGGCAGUUAUUUUGCGCCUUGGUUUUUCCACACGCUUCUUGCGACCCUGUUGACUAUUUUGAAUGAAACGCUUGAUUGUUCGAUGAUCACGCUUCAGAAGCUUUGCAAUUUUAAGAGUGCUGCAUCCCUCUGCAAGAUAUCUCACUAUUUUUGACUUUUCUGAGCCUGUCAAGUCCUUCUUUUGACCCAUUUUGCCAAAGGAAAGGAAGUUGCCUAAUAAUUAUGCACACCUGAUAUAGGGUGUUGAUGUCAUUAGACCACACCCCUUCUCAUUACAGAGAUGCACAUCACCUAAUAUGCUUAAUUGGUAGUAGGCUUUCAAACCUAUACAGCUUGGAGUAAGACAACAUGCAUAAAGAGGAUGAUGUGGUCAAAAUACUAAUUUGCCUAAUAAUUCUGCACUCCCUGUAUGGUAUGCAUGUGUAUAGGGACUGUAGAGUUUGUGUGGAUAGGAACUGCAAUGUGUAUUUAGGAUCUGUAGUGUGUGUGUGUAGGGACUAUAGUGUGCAUGUGUAUAGGGACAGUAGAGUUUGUGUGUAUAGGAGCUGCAAUGUGUAUUUAGGAUCUGUAGUGUGUGUGUGUGUGUGUAGGGACUAUGGUAUGCAUGUGUAUAGGGACCGUAGAGUUUGUGUGGAUAGGAACUGCAAUGUGUAUUUAGGAUCUGUAGUGUGUGUGUGUGUGUGUGUGUGUGUGUGUGUGUGUGUGUGUGCAUGUGUAUAGGGACAGUAGAGUUUGUGUGGAUAGGAGCUGCAAUGUGUAUUUAGGAUUUGUAGUGUGUGUGUGUAGGGACUAUAGUGUGCAUGUGUAUAGGGACCAUAGAGUUUGUGUGUAUAGGAGCUGCAAUGUGUAUUUAGGAUUUGUAGUGUGUGUGUGUAGGGACUAUAGUGUGCAUGUGUAUAGGGACAGUAGAGUUUGUGUGUAUAGGAGCUGCAAUGUGUAUUUAGGAUCUGUAGUGUGUGUGUGUAGGGACUAUAGUGUGCAUGUGUAUAGGGACAGUAGAGUUUGUGUGUAUAGGAACUGCAAUGUGUAUUUAGGAUUUGUAGUGUGUGUGUGUAGGGACUAUAGUGUGCAUGUGUAUAGGGACAGUAGAGUUUGUGUGGAUAGGAGCUGCAAUGUGUAUUUAGGAUCUGUAGUGUAUGUGUGUGUGUGUGUGUGUAGGGACUAUGGUAUGCAUGUGUAUAGGGACCGUAGAGUUUGUGUGUAUAGGAGCUGCAAUGUGUAUUUAGGAUCUGUAGUGUGUGUGUGUGUAGGGACUAUGGUAUGCAUGUGUAUAGGGACCGUAGAGUUUGUGUGUAUAGGAGCUGCAAUGUGUAUUUAGGAUUUGUAGUGUGUGUGUGUAGGGACUAUAGUGUGCAUGUGUAUAGGGACAGUAGAGUUUGUGUGUAUAGGAGCUGCAAUGUGUAUUUAGGAUCUGUAGUGUGUGUGUGUAGGGACUAUAGUGUGCAUGUGUAUAGGGACCGUAGAGGUUGUGUGUAUAGGAGCUGCAAUGUGUAUUUAGGAUUUGUAGUGUGUGUGUAGGGACUAUAGUGUGCAUGUGUAUAGGGACAGUAGAGUUUGUGUGGAUAGGAGCUGCAAUGUGUAUUUAGGAUUUGUAGUGUGUGUGUGUGUGUAGGGACUAUAGUGUGCAUGUGUAUAGGGACAGUAGAGUUUGUGUGUAUAGGAGCUGCAAUGUGUAUUUAGGAUUUGUAGUGUGUGUGUGUAGGGACUAUAGUGUGCAUGUGUAUAGGGACAGUAGAGUUUGUGUGUAUAUUUGCUGCAAUGUGUAUUUAGGAUCUGUAGUGUGUGUGUGUGUGUGUGUGUGUGUAGGGUCUGUAGAGUGUGUUUAUAGGUGGUGUAGUGUGUAUCUAGGAGCUGUGAAGAGGGCAGUAAUUUAGUAAUUAUUUGUAAAAAAAUUGUUUCUCCCCUCACUCUUAUUACCGUUCCCUGGUGAGCAAAGGUCAAAGUUACAGAAUAUAGAAAAAAACAUAUUACUAGCCAGGUCAGGGUUACAGAAUAUCGGAAAAAUGUAUUACUAGUCAGGUCAGGGUUAUAUAAUAUCAGAAAAACGUAUUACUAGUGAGGUCAGUGUCUUAGAAUAUCGGAAAAACGUAUUACACCUCAGGAUCACAGCAGUACUCAGAAUCUAAAAGACAAGCCAAAGUCAAACCAGAAAUGCUAAGAAUAAUAUCAAGAACACGCUACCAGAACAUAAACCACAACACGACAAUGAAAAAGGUGUAUUGUGCCUUUAAAUAUACUUAUGUGCAAAUUGAUUGGUCCAUGUUACUUCUGCGACCCUAUAAAGAACAAGAAUGGGGACGCCGAGUAACAGUCUCCACAGGACCGGAAGUGAAGGUGUAUACCUUUAAGAAGGCACAGUCACUAACAUUUAUUUUCCAUAAAUCAGUUUACAAUAACAAUACCAAUGGGCUGUUAGUUUGUUCUUACUAAACUCGAAUUACUACUUGAAAAUCUGAUAGCCUUCAGUGUGGCAUCACAAUAUUUAAUCCCUUUACAUUAUAUUACAAUUAAAAAGGCUGCAGAAGUAUGUCAGAAACAAAAUUGCUGAACAUAAGUAAAUAAAUAAAAAAGCAUAGAAUAGUCAGUACUUAAAGUGCCAUGUGCAUCAGGCCGUUCCUGUUGACAGUCUAAUUACUUGUUGUUUCAGAUUCCUGGAGAGUAAUUGGUUUGUUUGGGUCACUCAGAUGAACCAUAUUCCAAUGAACAUUGACUACGAUCAAAACAAAGAAUGGCUUUCAACCCAGGUGCCCAGUCUUGCUUCUAAUCGUAAUAUUUAAUUACAUUAAGUCUAUCUCAUUACAAUACGUUCAAGACACAGGCUUCAUUUCUGCCUUCUCUUUCAUUAUCUUUCCCAGCUUCAAGCCACUUGUAAUGUUGAUCAAUCUUUGUUUAAUGACUGGUUCAGUGGACACCUCAACUUUCAGAUAGAACAUCAGUAAGUAAAUCAUCUGACAGAGACAAACAUGGUACUAGUCCUCCUGUCCCUUUCUAACUCUCUGUGUCCCUUCUCCAGUUUAUUUCCCACCAUGCCACGGCACAAUUACGAGAAGGUGGCUCCUCUUGUCAAGUCACUUUGCAGCAAAUAUGGCGUUGAGUAUCAGUCCAAACCACUAUUCACGGCGUUUGCUGAUAUUGUUCAGUGAGUAACCUUCCUAGCUUAGUGACUUAAUUAACAACUCAUUUUUUUUUAUCUGACACGGUUUUUGAUCAUUGCACCCAUGGAUGUAGGCUCAGCUCUUCCAUUCAGCAUCUUUUUGCUCAUGUCCAACUUAAUGAUUACUAACCGCAUCCCUCAUGGGACAUUGGCUGGACAGACAUAUGGAAGUGCCUGCCUAGUAAGAGUCCAGCCUGUGGUUCCUUAGGACAUUAUGAUUGAUCUCCUUGUGCUUCAAAAACAUUAUUAUUAUUAUUAUGUUAUUUUAUUAAAGAUGAUGAUAGCAAUUCUACUUGAAAUAUUUGCCCAACUAAGAUGAGAAGGUUUUGUUACAUGGAACUGACAUCUUAGAACUCAAGCUUAGCUAUAGUCCGCGAGAAAAGUCAAUUAGCUUUAUUAUUUUGUUGCGUCGUACUACAUAUUAGAGAAAUGUAUACAUCAAAAAGGGCAACUCUAGGAACAAGUCAUUAUUUUGUAAGGUAAUUGUCUGUUAUUUUUUUUAGUAUAACCUUUCUUAGCAGUUGUUGCCUCACAGUAAAUUAACUGAUUUACGACAAUUUUUAAAUGCAUGUAAUCUAUAUAGUAGAGCAAUGUACUGGCCAUGACUAGUCCAUGUAUUUGUGGAGCAGUUUCUGUAUCUCCUCCUCUGUUCAUGCGCUCUCUGUGAUGAUUUACAGGGGCUGUGUCAGGGUUUUUUCUAAGUGGCAGAAAGGUUUAGAACUUAUAACAAAGAUAUAAAGAAAGCCAAUGUGUUGGUAAAGAAAUGUGUUGGACUAUCUCCACAUUUUAUUUUUCAUACUUCACAAAUCAAACACAUAUUUGUGAAAUGAAUGUGAAAUAAAUAUACAAUUCCUUGUAUGCAUUGGCCCCUAUUUAAAAAGUAUGAAUUCAAUAAUUUCAUGACAGAUUAUUCAUAAAAUAAAUCACCACCACUGCUGUCUGUAAUAGUUUGCCUUUUUUUUAGUUCCCUCAAAGAGUCUGGGGACCUGUGGUUAGAUGCCUAUCUGCACAAGUAG